AUGCCUCAGAACGAAUAUAUCGAACGCGCCCAGAAGCUUCACGGUAAGCGUCUGGACACCGAGGAGCGCGCACGCAAGAAGGCUGCCCGUGAGGGUCACAAGCAGAGUCAGGAUGCUCAGAACUUGCGCGGCCUGAGGGCCAAGCUCUUCGCCAAGGAGCGUCAUGCCCAGAAGAUCCAGAUGCGCAAGCAGAUCAAGCAGCACGAGGAGCGCAACGUCAAGGGCGCCCCCGAGGAAAAAGGAUCCUUCGAACCCCGUUCCCGCUUACCUGCUCGACCGUUCCAACCCCACGAGUGCGAAGGCUUUGAGAUUAAGAGCAAGCGUGCCGAGAAGGCCGCUCGUUUCUCGGUCCCCAUUCCCAAGGUCAAGGGUAUCAGCGAGGAGGAACUCUUCAAGGUCGUCAAGACGGGCAAGAAGGUGCACAAGAAGGGCUGGAAGCGCGUCGUCACCAAGCCCACAUUCGUCGGACCCGAUUUCACCAGACGCCCAGUCAAGUACGAACGCUUCAUCCGACCCAUGGGUCUCCGUUACAAGAAGGCCAACGUCACCCACCCUACCCUCAACGUCACGGUCCAGCUCCCCAUUCUUGGCGUCAAGAAGAACCCUAGCAACCCCCUUUAUACCCAGCUUGGUGUUCUUUCCAAGGGUACCAUCAUCGAGGUCAACGUUUCCGAUCUCGGUAUGGUUACCGCGUCGGGCAAGAUUGCCUGGGGUCGUUAUGCUCAGAUCACCAACAACCCUGAGAACGACGGUUGCCUGAACGCUGUUCUUCUUGUUUGA